CAAAACAAAAAUCUAUUUUUCGAGAUGAAACUCUGAAAUUACGGGAAAUACAUCUUUAAAACUAAAUUCAUCUUUAAAACUAAAUGUAUCUUUAUUUGAAACAGACAGAAUUAGUAGGAUUAUGUCCUUUCCAUUGCCAAAUGAAACGUAACACUUAACGGGUCGAAAGAUUAAGUGGUAUCUGACCACAAGUACGGAUGACAAAUCCACGCUUUGAAAACUCGAUGAACAUGGCUAACAUUAAUAGUUAUAGGCAACGUUCAUUACAGUCUAGUCAUUGUGCUAGGGUCUGCGAUGCCACAAAAAAAACCCGAAAUUCGUUCAUAUACCUAGGUUUGGCUCCAGGCCCUAGCUAUCCAAAUAUUUGCUAUAAAUUGUUUUCUACUGUUGUGAUGAGAUGAGCCCAAUGUUGAAACCUUCUGAAUAGAUAUAGGCUGGAGCCUCAAAGCCGAGGCAAUGCCGUGGCUUCAAAAAUGGCAUCUUUCUCUUUGCAUAAAACUAGUUCCUACCAAAAGUGUUUUUUUUUUCAGGGUACCAGUUCUUCGUUUAUUCCAUUACUGCAGCCACGAUCUCCCGAACACAUCCACAAUGCCACGCCUCUUGGUUCCGGGGGCGUUUGGUUUUCUAACUGGACUUGCGCUCUUGGUUUCGUCAUGUACAUUCGUAGAAGCAGCUGCCUUUGCGCUGAUUGCAGACUUGAACAAUGGAACCAUCUACAAGGGCAGCCUGGAGCGGAGUCUAGCUGACCUGGCACCCCUACCCCUCAGUGGGGUCACGCGGCCCGUAGCCGUAGACUACGACCCGGUGGAUGGCAUGGUGUACUGGACCGAUCAGGGGCCUGAUCCUAAGAUCUGCCGAGCACAUAUGGACGGCAGGAACCAGACCAUAGUCGUAAGAGACCUUCACGAACCAGGUGGACUGGCGCUUGAUAUUACAUCCCGGAUGUUAUAUUGGACGGAUGCCUCACUGGCGCACAUAGGAAGGGCCCGCAUGGACGGUACAGGCAGCAAAGAGAUCUUCUUCAGUGAGAGUCAUUACAGCCCUAAGGGCAUUGUGAUCAACCUUGUUCAUAGGUACAUUUUUUGGUCAGACAUUGGGGAUAAUCCUCGGAUUGAAAGAGCAGAUCUGGACGGACGCAACAGGACAAUCAUCGUGGAAGGAGGACUUAAUUGGCCAUCAAGUGUCACCAUAGAUUUGGCUGGGAACUCUUUAUACUGGAUUGAUGCCGGGCACGACAUUAUCGAGACUAGCGAUAUUUCUGGAAACAACCGAAGAAUCGUAGCGAACCUGACCGUCCAUUCUGUCACCUAUCCCUUCGACUUGGCCGUGUACGCUGACUACGUGUACUGGACCGGCUGGCUCAUGUCUCCAACUCUUCUUCGCGCACAUCUGGACGGCAGAGACGAGGAGACAUUCGGCCCGUCCGUCUUUCAGAUGCCCGGCGGAAUUCAUAUCCAAGAGGUUGAAGCUGACACCACGCCCCCUGUAGUCAGCGGUUGUCCAACCGCAGCUAUAGAAGCGACAGUACCCCUGGGCACCACCGCAACAACCGUGACGUGGACUCCGCCCACAGCAACAGACGGCCCCGGGGUACUUGUGACGACCUCGUCUAACUAUUCACCGGGACACAGGUUCAACCUCGGCAUGACCACUGUGCGAUACACAUUCGCCGAUGUGGCCGGGAACCAGGCGUUCUGUGAUUUUGUUGUUUCUGUCAUUGCCAUCGACUCGAUAAACCCAACGAUCAGCUGCCAAGCAGACAUCGUGAGGUAUGUCCGCAGUAGUAGCCAAAACGUGACGGUGUCGUGGCCAUCUCCGACUGCGACCGAUGACAGUGGCGUCCAGCCAUCUGUCACCUCAAACCCCGACUAUCCAACUCCGUCUGGGUCAUUCGGAGUAGGCCAACAUACCAUAACAUACACAGCGCGGGAUGAAGCAAGAAACGAAGCAUCGUGCACGGUCACAAUCAAUAUCGUUGUGGACACCCAAGCCCCUACUAUCACUGGCUGCCAUAGGACAACUGCUGUGCUACAACCCGGUAGCAGCAGCGUUGCUGUCUGGUGGACUGAACCAAUUGCCAUGGAUGACAACGGGGUGGUUAAUACAACUCAGACCCAUGAACCCGGUGAUAUGUUUACUGAAGGACACACCCAAGUGACUUAUACCUUCGCUGAUCUGGCCGGCAAUCGAGCCUCUUGUACGUUUAACGUCACCGUAUCAAGAGCUGACGAAACUGACCCUGUGAUCAGCUGCUCAGCAGGGAUCGUGAGAUAUGUCCGCAGAAGUAGCCAGCACGUGACGGUGUCGUGGCCAUCUCCGACUGCGACCGAUGACAGUGGUGUCCAGCCAACUGUCACCUCAACCCCAAACUAUCCAACUCAGUCCGGGUCAUUCGGAGUAGGCCAGCAUUCUGUCACAUACACAGCCCAGGAUGCUGCAGGCAACGAGGCAUCAUGCACUGUCGGGAUUGAUAUCACUUUGGAUUCUCAAGCUCCUACUAUCACUGGCUGCCCAAACGACAUAACUGCCGUCCUACCUCCCGGUAACAGCAGUGUUGCAGUCCAGUGGACUAAGCCAGUAGCUUCUGAUGAUAAUGGUCAGAGCAAUGUAACUCAGAACCAUCGACCUGGAGAUCUAUUCACCAGAGGGGACACCGACGUCACAUAUACCUUCACCGAUCAGGCUGGCAAUCAAGCUUCCUGCACGUUUACCGUCACUGCUGUUGCUGGUUGUGUGGUUACACCUGACCAACUCGGUCACCUUGAGGUGGUGUCCGGUCAGAAGACUGUGUAUCUUCCAGGCGAGUCAGUGCAGUUUGCAUGCCCAGCCGGGUACCAACUCAGCGGAUCAGCCAAUAGGAUUUGUCUGUCGGACUUCUCUUGGUCCGGGGAGCCUGCUGUGUGUCAACCACAAGUCGUUGACACGACCUGCACAGCUCCACCCACACUUAAGCACGUGACGGUAGCCGAAGGGCAAGAUCACGUAUUUAAACCAGGCGAGCUGGCAACUUUCACGUGCAGUGAUGACUUUGUCGUCACUGGAACCGACCGUCACUACGCGCAGCGAGUCUGCCAAUCAGACGGCUCUUGGUCCAGCAAACCGGUUGAGUGUUCUCCGGUAGAUGAUGUGGGGAAGGUUGCUGUAGGAGCAGCGGCUGGAGGAGUUGUCUGCGUGGUGAUCUUUCUUCUUGUUUUCCUCAUCAUCAGAAGGUGGAAGAAAAACAACAACCGGAGAACUGGGCGGGCCCCUGAUAUAGCGCUGAUACCUUCUGUCAACACCUACAACGAUACACACGCAUACGAAAUUCCCGCACCAGUGUAUGAGACUACCAUCGGCGGAGCUGCUGCAGCGGCAGGUGCAGCGGGUGCGACUGAAUAUGAGGUUAAUCUGAAGGUUCCACUGCCGCCUACCCCACCACCCCCCAAUGGGCCGCCCCCGAGUUACGACUACGUACCCGGAAACUGGCCGGGAAAUCGACCGCCAACCUAUAUGGAAGUCAAGUAACUCACAAGGGGCGGAUCCAGGUGUGGUCAAGAAGGGGGGGGGUAGCCAUCGCUCCCAAUGGGUUACUGUAUUAGGAUGUCACAAGGUCGGCUUCGUUUUUAUCAUUUGAUCAUUGACGUCAACAUGAUUCUUAAGAAAGUGAUGAAGACGAACCAACCGAGAUUUCGAAAACAACACUUGCUGGUUGACUUGGCAUGGUGACAUGCAGUACAGUUUAAGGAUGGUCUGAUGGUCUGAUUGGCUGAAUAUACUCCGGCAAAGGUGUCUUCAAGAAAUAUUAAAACCUUAAUUUAGAAUAAUGUAUUCACUAUAAUUAUGUAUCGCUGGUUCUAAAAGAAAAUCAGCGUUAUAAAUUCAGCUUGCAAUUUAAUUACUCAGGAUUGACGCAAGUUGCAAAGGUUGGUGGCGUUGCGCGUUGUGGUUUUUCAAGGCCGUUUUUCUCAAAAAGUGUAUUCGACCGACCAAACAACCUGUGUCCUCUUUCUUGCGUCGUAUUGGGAGUGAGUUCUGGUGCAUGAAUACAUUUGGUAUCAUUUAAAAGCUUAUGAAAUUCCUCUGUAUUAUUGUGCAUAUAGUUAUCUCAAAAAGUCAGAGUUGGGGGUUACUCCUCAUUAUGCCACAGCAGUCCACAUAUUCUCUUCAACAGCUCUGGGAUAUUUCGUGUAACCGGACCAGGUACUGGGCACAAAGGUCCCAGUAUCAUUUGCUGUUCAAGCAUUUUUCAUGACUAGUAUAAUAACCCGACUUCAAAUCAAACGAAGAUUGUUGAAAACCUUACCUGUUGUGGUUUCAUGAAUAUUACACUAACAUUGGAAAACGUGCACAGCUGUAAAUGUAAUCACGAAACAUGAUUUCGUCCAUAGAACUCUUUAUUUCCAAAGAUCAGUCAUUUGACCGAUCGUUGGAAAUCACCUACAUUUGACUUCUUCUAAAUGACAGCAAAACAGACGGGAAAAUGUGAGGGUUUUCUGUUAACAGUGGAGCUUCAAUCCAAGUAGGCUUUUGAUAAUUCCCGGUAGAUUUACUUUGGGGAUAACUGCAAAUGAUCCUUUAUGCUAUUUUUAAGAAAAUCAUCUGUACCUUUCAUUAUUCACGGAAAAAACAUUAAUGUUAUGCAAAACAUUAUGUGACUGAAAGAACGUAUGAGCGUCUUUAAGAUGUUGUGAAGGUUCUUUUUAAGUGUCAUUAUGUUAUUCAAGUACUCAGUACUGUAGCAGUUGGUUGUAAUUUUUUUUAAUUAAUUUCUAUGACUAAAUUAAUACACAGAAUGAAAUAUAAUGAAAUAUAUACAUUAAUAAUCCAAAUUGCUGUUUUGGUGUAGUUGUAAUGUUUAUCUCUCAUUUACUAUGUCGAUAUUUCUCUGAGAAUGAACAUAACUCAUAAUCGGUAACCAGUGUAAAAGGGGGAAAAAAACACUUGUGUAAACUUAACAGAUGUGCCUUGAGGAACGAGAGACAUGCUUACCAUUUUAGAAACGUUCAUUAUAAUGGACGGAAAGAGAGGUUCAACAACAUGCUACAGAAAGCCGCUAUUAUUCUGAAUAGCUUCGUAAAUUCAUAUCUAGAUUUGAAUGUAAAAGCCGCUUCCUAUUUCGUAAAAAUAUAUGUAUCCAUUGUAAAGUUAACAAACAUACAUCAAUGUGCAGCUUUUGCCAAUGUGCAACUAUUGCCAAUAUAAUAUAGCUUUGAAAGGACUAAAAACAAAGAAAACAUGUGUAUGAAAUUAU